CAAACAGUCACUGAGCGUCCACUGAUGUCUCAUCUCAGUCAGGACAUUAAAGGGUUAAUCGAUCGAUUGCUUUCAGAGGGGAAAAAAACAACCUGAACUAAGACAUCACCAUCCCAAAACACUACAGCUGUUUUUAUUGAUUUCUGAUAUUUUACAACUAAAAUGAUAAAUUUAGAAAAUACUCGUCAGAUGAUGAUUUUCGUCUUUUUUAUGUUUCGCUCACUAAUGUUUGAGAGACUUUUCUGUCCCGCUCAGUCUGAACGUGAACGACAUCCAGGACACGUGUAAGAAGAACGCCGCCGCGUCGCUCACAGUCGGCCGCAGAGACGUGGCGAAGGUGUGGGCCCUGGCCUCUGCAGCCACCAGUCAGGACCUGAGUCCGGACUCGGACCCGGACACAGAGACCCCCUGGGCCAGACACCCGUUUGGACGCCACCUGCUGGAGACUCUUCUGGAUCACUACAGUCAGAUGAGCGACGUUCAGACUCUGGCCAUGCUGUGCAGCGUGUUCAGAGCUCAGGCCCCGCCCCCAGACUGCUACUCUCUGUACGGACAUCAUCCGUCACGCUCCUCCAUGUUCCCGCCGCACCACUCCCGAUACCCCAGCUACACGUCCAGCUCCGUCACGUCGGGCUCGUGCUCCAGCACCUCUGACUCCAUCAACGCCGCCACCUGGAACACAGGAAGAGACUCCGAGCACGCCAACCCCUGGGGCGAGUCCUCUCCUGACGACUAUCGCUAUAGCAACCAGGGCUACAGCGACCCGCGGGAGCGAGAGCGAGAGCAGCACGACAUGAACAAGAGACUGCUGGACCCCGCCAACACGCUGCAGUUCGACGAUUUUAAGAAAUGUUACGGCGAGAUCCUGUACCGCUGGGGUCUGAGGGAGAAGAGGGCCGACGUGCUCAAGUUCGCCUCGUGUCCUCCUGAACCUCACAAAGGCAUUG